AUGCCUUACAAUAACACUCCUAUGCCUCCACCAGAGGAGGCGACAGGCACGUCGAGGUUACCUCUGGCUCGAGUCAAGAAGAUCAUUGCACAGGACGAGGAUAUCUCACAAUGCUCUAACGCGGCAGCCUUUGCGAUAUCAAUAGCCACGGAAAACUUCAUCUGGUAUCUGACACAACAAGCACACAACGUCGUCAAAUCGGAGAGGAAGCCUAGGCGAAACAUCGCCUAUAAGGACAUCGCCGAUGCUGUGGCCCGGAUAGACAACCUGGAAUUCUUGUCUGAUGUUGUUCCCAGAACGAAGACGUAUCGGGAGGUGAAGAAGAUCAAGGCUCAAGCAGAAGCCGACAAAGCGGCAGCAGCGGCAAAUGGUGUCAAUGGCGAUCGGCCAGCUUCAAGUUCGCGGAACAUUCAGGAGAUGAUCUCAGGGAACGAAGGUCUGGUGAAUGGCAAUUCUCACAGUCCCAUGGCGGAUCGGACUGCGCCUCAUCGCCAUCCCGAUCCCAUACGAGACCUCGUCGAAGAGCCAGUCAGUCCAAGUCGAAACCCGGAGCCCGAUCAUCCGAUGACCGGUUGA